AUGGUAUCAGCUCUGAUCGCGGUCCACAAGUCACGGCACUCCGCCGACGGCGGCUUCGCCAAGGUCCAACGCGCCCGCGCCGGCCUACCACCGUCGGGCGUCCCGGCUACCUCUACCGUUGUCGACGACUUGACCGCCAAGCUGUUCGUCGGACACGCCGCCGCCGUCGAUGCCCACCUGACCAAGGGAGACGUCGGGAACGCCUAUGUCAAGGGCAAGCGACAGGGGCCCGUCGGCUACAUGGCGCUCCCGUCCACGCUACCCAUGACCGACGAGGACGGGACCGAGCUGUGCAUCGAGCUCUGUUCACCUCUCUGGGGCGAGGAGUGCGCUGGCUACGAGUGGGAGUGCACGUUCAAUGACACCAUCAAAGGCCUAGGGUGGGUGCCGUGCCCGGGUGUCCCCGCGAUGUUCGCGUUCCAUGGGGAGCACGGAGAGGCCCGCAUGAUCACGAUCGUCGACGACUUCCUCAUCUCCGAGGUGAACGGCACCACCAUCACCGACGCCACCAUCGCCGCGCUGAAGGCCGCUUUCAACGACGAGGUCAAGGUCGACUACUCGCCCACCUCCUUCGCCGGCUUCAAGCUCGAGCGCGACCGCGAGCGGCGCACCCUCACGCUGUCCAUGCCGCAGAAGAUCAUCGAGGCCGCACGCGAACACAUGCCCGAGCUCCUCCGCGGCGAGCGCAAUCCCGCCUGUCUCGGACCCCUCUCGGACCCCUCCCGGACCCUUCCUUCGCCGGUGGAGGGGGCCGGCUCGGACGGGGUGACAAUCUGCAACUCGGCGGCGGAGGUGCGGCUGGCGUUUGGCAAGCUCGAGGGGACCAAGAACAUCCUCGGCCUCGACAACUACGCCGUCCUCUGCCAAGAGUACCUCGAGGGCGACGAGUGGGUCGUCGACACGGUCAGCCGCGCCGGCGAGCACAAGGUGGUCGCGCUCUGGAAGUACGACAAGCGCGACUACCACGGCUCUCCCGUCGUCUACCACGGGAUGCGGCUGCACAACGUCGAGGCGGACGAGCCGCUGCUGCGCGGCAUGGUCGCGUACGUGACGGCGGUGCUAGACGCGCUCGGCAUCACCGACGGCGCGAUGCACUCCGAGAUCAUGGCGACGGCGCGCGGACCCGUCCUCGUCGAGCACGGCGCGUGGGUGACGAUCCGUUCGCCGGCCGACGGCACCAUCACGGCGGUGCACCACGAGAAGCUGGCGCGGAUCCGCGCGCUCCCCUCCUUCCUCGGGGAGUACUGCGCGCCGUGCAUCAAGGUUGGCUGCCGCAUCCGUCAGACGGUCGACGCGAUGACGGUGCACGGCUGCUUCAACCUGGCGCACGCCGCGCCCGCUCCUCGAGGCGGAGCCGCGGGCACAGCGCCUCCUCACGCCUUGCGGCUGGGAGCAGCAGCUGAUCGACGCGAGGGCCUCUUCGCCUUCACGCCGGCGGCGGCGGGCGAGAAGGACGUCGUUCGUUUCGAGACGCCAAAGGGGCCGCGCUUCUCGUACCAGCUGAGCGAGCAGGAGCAGGUCCAAAACUCGCUCUGGGGGCUGCUGCACAUCUGGAGGCCCCUCGAGGAGAACAGCGGCGCGGUGCCCCUCCGCAAGCUGGGCGUGCGCGCCCUGAUUCGUAGUUCUGUCUUGAUGGGCCGCAUACCCCAUACGCUCUACGCGCGGGGCCGGCGGCGUCGUAUUCACUCGCACACUGUCGCUCGAAGAAAAGAGACGCACUGUUCGGGGCCCGUGUUGUGA